AAAACCCAAAUACCACCCUCAAUAUAUAUCUCACCAUCUUCUCACUCCUCUAUUUCUCUUAACUUUCUCUCUCUAAAAAAAUGGAGAAAAAACCAUGCACUUCUCAGGACGUUGAAGUGAGGAAAGGGCCAUGGACUAUGGAAGAAGACUUGAUCUUGAUCAACUAUAUUGCCAACCAUGGUGAAGGUGUUUGGAACUCUCUUGCUAAAGCUGCUGGUCUUAAACGUACUGGAAAGAGUUGCAGACUCCGAUGGCUGAACUAUCUUCGCCCCGACGUUCGACGAGGAAACAUUACACCUGAAGAACAACUCCUGAUCAUGGAACUUCAUGCUAAGUGGGGAAAUAGGUGGUCAAAAAUUGCAAAGCAUCUUCCAGGAAGGACAGACAACGAAAUAAAAAAUUACUGGAGGACAAGAAUCCAGAAGCAUAUUAAGCAAGCAGAAGGGUUUACAGGGCAGAGUAGCAGCUCAGAAAUGAACGAACAUGGCAGCUCAAGCAGUCAUAUUUCUGGAGUAAUGGAAAAUUACUCUCCUUCCUCUUAUCAACCAACCAAUAAUCUUCAGGAUCAUGCUUUCACCGCAGUAACUAAUUCCAACUUAUUACCUCCUCCUGAUCAGUCCACUGAAAAUUACUGGAGCAUUGAGGAUCUCUGGUCCAUGCAAUUACUUAAUGGCGAUUAAUAAGUUUCAUAAUUAUGGUAAUUAUUAAUUACUACAACUUUUAUUUGAAAAUAAAUAUAUCUACCAACAGUUAUAGCGCGUUUUCCAUAUAAACUAUAAUAUUUAAACUUUUACAAUUUGGUCCUUGACUUGUUUGGAAUAUUUUUAUCUGACCUGACACGAUGGCUUUUGCAAAACAACGUCGUUUUAAUCGAUCUUUUGAUGAAUUUAGUGAUAUUUUAAGAAAUAUUGAAUCAAACUAGUAAAAGUUUAAGAUUGUAGUACAUAUGGAAAAUGGAUUAUAUUUAUUGGUAGAUAAAUUUAUUUUGCUUUUUUAUUCUGUACCAUGUAGAUUAAUCCAACACUAGGUAUGGAUGAUCAAGUUUGUCUGUAUAGUUGGAGAUUUCAAUUAUUUGGUAUGUAGCUAUAUAUUUUGUAUAAUAACCAAUGUAUUUCGAACUAUAAAAUGGCAUGGUUUGUAAGAUAACUUAAAUUUA